AUGGUGGUGGAAUCGUGGAUUAUGGGCAAAUUGCUCGACUUUAAUCAUCAGAGUUUGACCCUGAGAUUCAUCGAAGCCGCGAAGAAAAAUGAAGUGGAUUCAAAGGCUGUUGACCAGACUUUGACAAACUCGAACCGAGAAUUACUCGAAAGAUGGCUAAUUCAAAUCGAAAAAGGUCGCGGAAAACUCGUCGAAAUUCUCCUCCGAAAACUACCGCUGCAGAUGGCUGAGCGAUUCUUGCUCCAACUUGAGGGUGACAGAGCCGAUGUCGUCGAAGCUGCUCUUGCUGGAGGAACUAUUGAGCGAUAUUUGGAACAGAUGGAGAGUGGAAAUACGGAGACAGUCGAGAAGAUCUUGCAAGAGUGGAACGAGUUGGGCGAUCGAUUCCUCACGCAAAUGGAGAAAAAGCGAGUCGGAACUGUCAACAGAAUUCUAGCGCUUGACGAAAAGAUGGUCGAACGUUUCCUCUCUGUUUGUGAACGAUUCGGUAACCAAAUUGCCGAUCGACUGAUCGCUCAGCUCGCAAAAAGCGAACAAAGAAAGAACUUGGCCAUCCGUCUUCUUCUGAUUCUCGAAGAAAACAAGUACGAUCUUGCUGCUCGACUUACUACCCAAGCAGAAGUCAACGACCUGUGCAUGGAACUCGCAACGAUGAUUGUUGACAAGCGCGAUUCUGGGCGAGAAGAAUUUGGAUUGAAAUACCUGGUCCAGCUCGAGAAGGAUAGAUCUGUCAUUUGCGACAGACUUUUCAAAUUCGAGGCGAAGAACAGGAGCGAGGAAUCUCGACGACUGAUGCUUCAGCUCGAGCAGGAUCGAGUCGAGUUAGCCGAAUAUAUGAUGAAUGUCUUUGAAAAAGACGAUCAAGACUUCGGCAACCGACUUUUGGGAAUGGUGGAAUUCGGCAAAUACGAUCUCGUCAUGAAAAUCUGCCGCGAAAGUCUCUACAUGACCGCUGAAGGCUCAAAGGGUGACUUUUCCGUCGCCAAAAAGCUGAUUAUGUCGAGUGGCAAUUUUCAACACCAAGUUCUGGAUCAUUUGUCGACUCAAAUUGGCAAAGGAAACUUCAAGAUCAGCCAAAGUGUUACCAACGAACUUGAAAAGCAGCAAUCAAGCUCUGACGGAGAAGCUUGCUACGGAUUCAUGAAUACUCUUUUCCACUAUCUUGAAGAAGACCCAGUCGCCCAACUCGCCCGACUUACAGGACCUGGACCUUCCGCUUCUGGAGAUGUUAAAAAUGACGCCUCGACUGUUGUUCAAAAUCUCACCGCCCUCGCCCUCGCCAUGUCUAUCAACCUGAGCCGAAAGUAA